AUGUACGAUAAAGCGAGCGGCGAUAUCAUGUACAGUCUCUGUAACAGCGACAGCAACCCCAUAUUUCCAGCAAACGAGUCUGCCGCAUUCGCUCUUGACUCCAGAUACCCGCCAGUAAAUGGCACGAGCGUGGCGGGGUUAGGAUAUCAGACGUCUGGUGGUAUUGACAUUGCCAUUAUUGUGUAUCAAACAGAGUCAAUGAGUAUUAUACAGUCUCAAUGGCAAUGCAAUUCGACAACAGGCCAGUAUUCUGCUUAUGAAGUAGAAUCGGAAUACAGUUGGGAUAUUUCUGCACACUUGACCACGCCCUAUAAUGGCACUGGCCUUGCGAUUCUCAACCUCGGAGAUGCCGACGACACCCGCUACCGUGUUUAUUUCAAAGAUUAUUAUUGGAGGACGGCAGCACUCCGCUAUGAACCUGGGGAUGACUGGUACUACGAUGGCCUGCUUACCCCAGACGAGCAAUUGUCGCUGGAACUUGCGGCCAGCCAUCAAGGCGAAAAUAACAUCACUCUCAUGUCGCCAUCUAUAAGUACAGCCCAGUACGAAACCAUCGAAGUAUGUAACCUCGAAAGUGCGGAUACAUGGGAUAUUACCACCUUUCCAUUGACAACUAUCCUUAUCAAUGACACGGACAGUUCCGAUGCCUUGUAUAUCCAAGUCACGAACAACACAAACACGAGUGGCUACAUAUUCGGGUAUGAUGUGGACCAGGACUGGACACUCGACGCCUUUGAUGGUUAUACUGCUAGCGUCGCCGUCUUUGUCAGUGAUAAUUUGACGCAAAACGUCUUCUAUAUUGGCACCGACAAGUACCUCCAUGGACUUUCGGGACUCAAUGCCACGUGGAACAAGUUUGACACACAGGAAAACGAAAAAUGGCCCCUCGCCGACGAUGCCAGUGCGGCACUAGCCUUGACAUACGAUACGUCAAAUGACCGAGUUUGGAUUUACUACAUGAGCGACGGCAACCUGACCCAGGUGCAUCGAUCCGACGCAGAUACCUGGGAGGAUGCCAUUGUUCUCUCAAAGACUUCCAACGUGACUGAAACCACCGUCACAUCAUCUUCUUCUUCGGGCUUUUCCACGGGAGCCAAGAUAGGCACAGGCGUUGGUGUUGGGGUGGGUGCUGUUGUGAUUGCUGGCCUCGCAUUCGUGUUAUUCCGCUUUAGAAGAUCCAAGAAGAACAAUCUCAACGUGGACACUGCGGCAGCUGCAUCAGGCAAGGACAAGGACGCGUCCAACCCAGCCGCAGGCCCUCUGCUCUCUCCAUCGACGGUUCCUGGGUCUCCAGCACCGGCUUACAUGUCAGGAUAUUGGCAGAAUGGCGAGUGGGUGGCUCCUCAGGCGGACCAGCGGUAUUCAUACUACGACCAGACCAAGCCUGAGAAUAACAUUGCCCACGAGAUGUACGCGCCACCGCCGAGCCAACAAGUCAUGUAUGAGUUGCCGCACGAGGAACAUGCCCACGAGAUGGCCAUUGAAGGUCAUCAAGUAGCGGAAAUGCCAACAGAAGUAUAUCCUGCGCAGGGCUCAGCCGCAGCUCCUCCCGCAACGCAGUCGGAUGGCCAUCAUCUGGCCGUGCAAUACGAGCACGAGCCGGACGCUGCGGAGAUGCAGCACGCCCGGCUGUCGAUGAUUACCCCGGAACCCGCCAGAUGA